CCUUCACCAAGUUUAACAACGUGGGAAAUUUAGAGUGGCUGACCACACACCCUUUUCAUGUAUAUGGACAAGCUGCCCAGAAAUUCUCAAAUGAUUGGUUUUUGUGCCUAAUGCAGCGCUUCGUGCUCGUCCAGAAUCUCAGAUUCAGCCUUGUCUAUCUGCUGGACAUUACCAACAAACAGUACUUGAUGGAAGACAUUAAAAGUCUCCCGGACAUUACAGGCUUGAUCCUGGAGAUAAAACCAAAUGGACAUUCCUUUGGAGCCAGUGUGUUUCAUGUUCUCCGGAUGUGUACUGGUCUAAGAGAUCUGCGACUUACACUUAUGGGUACACAAACUGCAUGCCCAUCAGGUUGUGUCUGCGAUCAGCCCCCAAACUGGAAGACCCAGGAACUCACGCUGAGUUGCCUCCAAGAAGUAACAAUCAGUAAACUGAGAGGAACUGAACAUGAGGCUGCUCUUAUCAAACGGUUAUUCGACUGGGCAACAGCGCUAGAAAAGAUAACAAUAGCAUUCCAUGGCUCAAUCCCUGAAAGCAAGGCCAAUGAGUUCUUCCAGAUGCUUCAAAGUUUUUCCAGGCCAGAAAUAUGUAUGAAGGGCCCUUGCUUCGCCUAAUGUAGUCGUCACAACGUUACUGAGAACCAAGCGUGCCUGAAACUUAACGCAUACUGCUGCUUCUCCAAGAACA